UAUUGUACCUUCGUUCUGUCAUUUCGUUUCUCUCUUCGGAGCCGGCUCUCGGCAGAAACAAAAGCGAACUCAAAAAAGGGCAAAAAAAAAAAAAAAAAACAAGCAAGAAAAUCAAAUCGAUUCAAAGACGAAGACGGAGAAGCUUAAACGAUUCGUUUUGGCGGAGACGAGAAGAGAUCAGAGUCGGCCUGAGUGAAAAAUGUCGGAAGAAGAGAAGCUUUUGAAAGAGGCGAAGAAACUGCCGUGGGAGGAUCGGUUGUUACACAAGAAUUGGAAGGUUCGGAACGACGCCAACAUUGAUUUGGCUACGCUUUGCGACUCCAUUACUGAUCCUAAGGACGCGCGUUUAAGAGAAUUCGGUCCGUUGUUUAGGAAGACGGUGGCGGAUUCUAAUGCGCCUGUGCAAGAGAAGGCGCUUGAUGCGUUGAUUGCCUUUUUAAAAGCUGCGGAUGCAGAUGCCGGCAGGUACGCGAAAGAAGUUUGUGAUGCAAUUGUAGCAAAAUGCUUGACGGGGAGGCCAAAAACAGUUGAGAAAGCUCAAGCAGCUUUUAUGCUUUGGGUUGAAUUGGAGGCCGUGGAUGUUUUUCUUGAUUCGAUGGAGAAAGCAAUAAAGAACAAGGUUGCAAAAGCAGUUGUGCCUGCUAUAGAUGUCAUGUUUCAAGCCCUAAGUGAAUUUGGAUCUAAAAUUGUACCUCCGAAAAGAAUUUUGAAGAUGCUUCCUGAACUCUUUGACCAUCAAGAUCAAAAUGUACGUGCAUGCUCUAAAGGGCUGACUCUUGAACUUUGUCGUUGGAUUGGAAAAGACCCGGUGAAAUCAAUAUUAUUCGAGAAAAUGAGGGAUACAAUGAAAAAAGAGCUGGAGGCUGAGCUUGGAAAUGUUGCGGGGAUAGCUAAGCCAACUCGGAAGAUUAGAUCUGAACAAGAUAAGGAGCCAGAGCAGGAGACUCUGUCUGAAAAUGUUGGUCCUGGUGCUUCUGAAGAGUGUGCAGCUGAGGCUCCUCAGGAAAUAGAUGAAUAUGAACUCAUUGAUCCUGUUGACAUAUUGACACCUUUAGAGAAAUCUGGUUUUUGGGAAGGAGUGAAAGCUACCAAGUGGUCAGAACGGAAAGAGGCUGUUGCAGAGCUAACCAAGCUUUCUUCAACCAAAAAGAUAACCCCUGGUGAUUUUUCAGAAGUUUUCCGGACAUUGAAGAAGCUUAUAACAGAUGUGAAUAUUGCUGUUGCAGUUGAAGCCAUUCAAGCGAUUGGUAAUCUUGCCUGUGGUCUUAGAACCCAUUUUUCUGCUGGUUCACGCUUUCUUUUGCCAGUUUUACUUGAAAAAUUGAAAGAGAAAAAACCUGCACUGUCUGAGGCACUGACACAAACUCUUCAGGCAAUGCACAAGGCUGGGUGCUUAAAUCUUGUUGAUAUUGUGGAAGAUGUUAAGACAGCUGUGAAAAAUAAAGUUCCUCUUGUGCGCUCAAUGACUUUGAAUUGGGUAACAGUUUGCAUUGAAACAAGUAGCAAAGCUACUAUUCUUAAAGCGCAUAAGGACUAUGUUCCGAUUUGCAUGGAGUGCCUUAAUGAUGGGACCCCAGAGGUCAGGGAUGCUGCCUUUUCAGCUUUAGCUGCGAUAGCAAAGUCUGUUGGCAUGAGGCCUUUGGAGAGGUCUCUUGAGAAACUUGAUGAUGUUAGAAGGAAAAAACUUUCUGAAAUGAUUUCGAGCUCUGAAGGUGGUGUCUCCGCUUGUUCAAGUUCAGUGGGGGCUAGGGUUCCUACUUCUGGUGGAAGCAUGCCAUCAAUGGAGAAUUCAGAAAGUUCAUUUGUUAGAAAGUCAGCAGCAAGCAUGCUUAGUGGGAAGAGGCCCAUUCCAGCAGCAGCUGCCACCAAAAAAGGAGGUCCAGUUAAAUCUGGUGCCAACAAGAAGGCAGAUGGAGCUGUACGGCAAGAAACUAAAAAAUUGGUUGAGGCUCCUGAAGAUGUUGAGCCAGCAGAGAUGAGUCUUGAAGAGAUUGAAAGCAGAGUAGGCUCUCUUAUUCAGGGAGAUACGGUUGGUCAAUUAAAGAGUGCUGUGUGGAAAGAACGCCUUGAAGCAAUAACAUCUUUAAAGCAACAAGUUGAGGCACUGGAAAACCUGGACCAGUCAGUAGAGAUUUUGGUCCGUUUGCUUUGUGCUCUUCCUGGUUGGAGUGAGAAAAAUGUUCAGGUUCAGCAGCAGGUUAUUGAAGUUAUCACUCACCUAGCUUCUACUGCAGCUAAAUUCCCAAAGAAAUGUGUAGUCCUUUGCCUUUUAGGUAUAAGUGAACGUGUGGCAGAUAUCAAGACCCGUUCUCAUGCCAUGAAGUGCCUUACUGCUUUCUCUGAAGCAGUUGGUCCAGGAUUUAUUUUUGAAAGACUUUACAAGAUCAUGAAAGAGCACAAGAAUCCUAAGGUUCUUAGUGAGGGAAUACUAUGGAUGGUUUCAGCAGUUGAGGACUUUGGUGUAUCACAUUUAAAACUUAAGGAUUUAAUUGAUUUUUGUAAAGAUAUCGGACUUCAGUCCAGUGCAGCAGCAACUAGAAAUGCUACUAUUAAGUUAUUGGGUGUUGUACAUAAGUUUGUUGGUCCAGACAUUAAAGGGUUUCUCACAGAUGUCAAACCUGCACUGCUUAGUGCGCUUGACACUGAAUAUGAGAAAAAUCCAUUUGAGGGCGCUGCUGCAGUUCCUAAGAAAACUGUUAGGGCAUCAGAUUCCUCGUUAUCUGUGUCUGGUGGUGGGCUAGAUAGCCUGCCACGUGAAGAUAUCAGUGGGAAGAUCACACCUACGCUGCUGAAGAGCUUGGAGAGCUCUGAUUGGAAGGUUCGUUUGGAGUCUAUUGAAGCUGUUAAUAAAAUCCUUGAAGAGGCAAAUAAGCGCAUUCAACCGACUGGAACUGGGGAAUUAUUUGGUGCUCUUAGAGGACGUCUAUAUGACAGCAAUAAAAAUUUGGUUAUGGCAACUUUGACUACUCUUGGUGCUGUUGCUUCUGCAAUGGGGCCACCUGUUGAGAAGUCAAGCAAGGGCAUUUUAUCAGAAAUUUUGAAAUGUCUCACUGACAAUAAGAAGCAUAUGAGAGAAUGUACUUUGGCUACUUUAGACUCUUGGCUUGCUGCUGUUCAUCUGGAUAAAAUGGUUCCAUAUAUUAUAGCAAUUUUGACAGAUGCAAAGAUUGGUGCGGAAGGGCGUAGGGAUCUUUUUGAUUGGCUGUCAAGGCAACUCACUGGACUAACUGAUUUUUCAGAUGCUGUACAUCUGCUGAGACCAGCUAGCUCUGCCAUGGUGGAUAAAUCAUCAGAUGUUCGAAAGGCAGCAGAAACAUGCAUUGUUGAAAUCAUCAGAGUUAGCGGACAGGAAACAAUUGAAAAGCAUCUGAAAGAUUUGCAUGGGCCAGCUUUAGCCCUUGUUGUUGAAAGAUUGAAACUGCCUGGGGGAUCUCAUGGUGUGUAUGAUAACCUAGUUUUUGUGAAUUUCCCUGUGUUUUUUUAUAUUUUUUACUUUGUAUGCUAUUUUAUGUUGCUUGCUAUAUCUCUUGAAUCUGCAAAAUCAAUUUCAGUGGGGCCUACAUCCAAAGGCAGCACAAAGGUUGCAAAAUCUACUUCUAAUGGUUUGUUGAAGCACGGAGGCAGGACUAUAUCUGCGAGGACCAUUCCAGCAAAGGGUGCAAGGCCAGAUGCAGUUAUGUCUGUUCAAGAUAUAGCUGUUCAAUCACAGGCUUUGUUAAAUGUCAAGGAUUCAAAUAAGGAUGAAAGGGAGAGAAUAGUUGUUCGCAAAUUUAAGUUUGAAGAGCCACGGGUAGAACAGAUCCAAGAUCUUGAGAAUGAUAUGAUGAGAUAUUUCAGAGAGGAUUUGCAGAGGCGUUUACUAAGCACAGAUUUUAAGAAGCAAGUUGAUGGGCUUGAGAUGCUGCAGAAGGCACUCCCAUCGAUACGAAAGGAAGUUAUGGAAGUUCUGGAUAUACUUUUGAGGUGGUUUGUUUUGCAGUUCUGUAAAUCUAACACAACAUGCUUGCUGAAGGUGCUGGAAUUUCUUCCUGAGCUUUUUGAUGCAUUAAGGGAGGAAGCCUAUUCUUUGACUGAAUCAGAAGCAGCUAUAUUUGUUCCAUGUUUGAUAGAAAAGUCAGGGCAUAACAUUGAGAAAGUGCGAGAAAAAAUGCGGGAAUUGACAAAACAAAUAGUCAGUUUUUAUUCUGCCACUAAAACACUUCCUUACGUUUUGGAGGGUUUGCGUUCUAAAAAUAACCGUACUCGGAUAGAGUGUGUUGAUCUUGUUGGAUUCUUGAUGGAUCAUCACGGGGCUGAGAUCAGUGGACAAUUAAAAUCUUUGCAAAUUGUCGCAAGCUUGACAGCAGAACGUGAUGGUGAAAUUAGAAAAGCUGCUCUAAAUACAUUAGCUACUGGUUACAAGAUUUUAGGUGAGGACAUAUGGAGAUAUGUUGGCAAGCUUACAGAUGCUCAAAAAGGCAUGUUAGAUGAUAGAUUUAAGUGGAAGGUCCGGGAGAUGGAAAAAAGAAAGGAAGGAAAGCCUGGAGAAGCAAGAGCAGCUUUAAGACGAUCUGUCAGGGAAAAUGGGUCUGAAGUCGCAGAGCAGAGUGGGGAAGUGUCACAAUCUGUUUCUGGACCUGCAUUUAUGAGGAAAAUCUAUAGCCAUUCCGAGCUUCAUGUGGAGAGACAUUUAGUGCCACGUACACUAGCUGGUGGUAAUGGUCCCACAGACUGGAAUGAAGCCCUGGAUAUUAUUUCCUUUGGUUCACCAGAGCAGUCUGUUGAAGGGAUGAAAGUUGUAUGCCAUGAAUUGGCACAAGCAACUAGUGAUCCAGAAGGUAGUGCAAUGGAUGAACUUGUGAAGGAUUCAGAUAAACUUGUUUCAUGCUUAGCAAAUAAGGUAGCCAAGACUUUUGACUUCAGUCUGACAGGGGCAUCAUCAAGGUCUUGUAAAUAUGUUCUUAACACACUUAUGCAGACAUUUCAAAAUAAAAGGCUUGCUCAUGCUAUCCAGGAGAGUACUCUUGACAUUCUAAUAACUGAGCUUCUGCUUUGGCUUUUGGAUGAAAGGGUUCCUCACAUGGAUGAUGGCAGUCAACUUUUGAAAGCUCUAAAUGUGUUGAUGCUUAAGAUUCUGGACAAUGCUGAUCGAACGUCGUCCUUUGUUGUUCUUAUUAAUCUCUUGCGUCCUUUAGAUCCCUCAAGGUGGCCUUCACCUGCAACUAAUGAGUCCUUUGCUGCUAGAAAUCAGAGGUUCUCUGAUCUCGUUGUAAAAUGCCUCAUCAAACUGACGAAGGUUCUUCAAAGUACUAUAUAUGAAGUGGAUCUUGACCGCAUUCUUCAAAGCAUUCAUGUAUAUUUGCAAGAAUUGGGAAUGGAAGAAAUUAGGAGAAGAGCUGGAGCUGAUGAUAAACCAUUGCGUAUGGUGAAAACUGUUCUACAUGAACUUGUGAAGCUCCGAGGAGCUGCAAUCAAGGGUCAUUUAUCAAUGGUUCCAAUAGACAUGAAACCUCAGCCAAUUAUUCUUGCCUAUAUUGAUCUAAAUCUUGAGACUUUAGCUGCGGCAAGAAUGUUGACAGCAACUGGCCCUGUGGGUCAAACUCAUUGGGGUGAUUCAGCUGCCAACAAUUCAUCUGCUGCUACAAAUUCUGCUGAUGCACAGUUGAAGCAAGAACUUGCUGCAAUAUUCAAGAAAAUUGGCGACAAGCAGACUUGCACUAUUGGCCUCUAUGAACUAUAUCGCAUCACUCAGUUAUACCCCAAAGUUGAUAUAUUUGCUCAGCUUCAAAAUGCUAGCGAGGCAUUCCGCACAUACAUCAGAGAUGGUUUAGCACAGAUGGAGAAGAAUGCAGCUGCAGGGAGGACUCCUUCAAGUUUGCCAAUGUCAACCCCGCCUCCAUCAUCAUUAAGUGGUUCAUCACCGGAAUUUGCACCUCUAUCUCCUGUACAUACAAAUGCAUUAAAUGAUGCAAAAUCAAUGAAUGUAAAAUCUGAGCCAACAAGCUUUAAUUUACCACCUUCAUAUACUGAAGAUAAUCGAAUUAAUAAUGUCAUUGCCUCGAAAGGUCUUGCCUCCGAGAAUCCUUUGGGUGAUCAACGAAAUGAGAGAUAUGGAGCUGCAGUAACCACUGGGACAUUAGAUGCCAUUAGAGAAAGGAUGAAGAGCAUGCAAUUGGCAGCAGCUGCUGGGAACCCUGAAGCUGGAACCAAGCCUUUAAUAAACAUUAACGACAAUUUAAAUCAUGGACUCGCUAGUCUGAAUCGGUCAUCUGACCACCCUGGUGCUGAGAAUGCUGUACAGGGUGCAGUUCUCCCCAUGGACGAGAAGGCGUUAUCUGGACUUCAAGCCCGCAUGGAGAGACUUAAAAGUGGAACGAUGGAACACCUUUAGAAUUUUUUCAGCAAUGUGGGGAGCUACUGCUCCAAUUUCUUUUACGAUCCCUGCCAUAGGAUGCCAUUUUUGUAAAUGGAAAGGGAGAUUGAAAUGGUAGUGCAGCUGCCACUGUAAUGUACAUCUUGCAUUCAUUUUAUACUGCAAAUGAUCACAGGAUUAUGUAAUUUUUUUUAGCCUUGUGCCCAAGUUUUGGUGGUGAAGUAGCACGGCGGACUGCCUCUGGACUGUUUUUUCUGUGUAGGGCAUUUGAUUGUGCUAUAAUUUAGUGUUUGUAUAUUGUAAUGAAAGCCUUGUUAUAUUUUAGCUAGUGACUAAAUACAAUGUAUACAUUUUAGUACA